AUGUACGUCACCAAUGUUCCUGCUGAUGAAAUGCUACCAAAAUCAAAAGACACUACUCGGUUUGUUUGCAUGUCAGACACACACGGAAAGACAGAGUUUUCUUUCAAGGUUCCUGAAGGGGAUGUCUUUAUUCAUGCUGGAGACCUCACACGUUCUAGUCGGAUGGAAGAAUACGAACGUACAAUACAGUGGAUGGCAUCCCUACCUCAUCCAAUAAAGAUCUUUACUGGUGGUAACCAUGAUCAUUUCCUUGAUGCAGUCGAAGGAUUUUAUCCGCAGCAAAAAGAAUCCAUUCUUGCAAAGGCAAAGAUGGCCGGCCUUAUAUAUCUCGAACAUGAAGCAUACCAGUUGCCAGAAUCCAUGGGGUCCUUUAAGAUGUUUGUGAGUCCCUAUGCACCGACCCAUCUCUGGGGUGCCUUUAUGCUCGAUAGUCUCAAAGCUGUGUGGGAAUCUAUUCCACUAGACACCGACAUCUUGGUUACCCACACACCUCCGCUGGGUUAUCAAGACAUCACUUCUCGUGGACGUAAUGUUGGGUGUCCUGACUUGCGCAACAAAAUUGACACCAUUAAGCCAUUGGUGUCUGUAUUCGGACACAUCCACGAAGCAUAUGGCUACAGCCACUCUCCAGAAAAAGAAUCAUUAUUUAUCAAUGCGUGCACUAGUAGUGUCCGUUAUCGUCCAAUCCAAUUACCCAUCGUAUUUGACCUCUAA